AUGGCAUCGGGGCAGAAUCACACUACAGUGACGAGUUUCAUCCUGCUAGGCCUCACAGACCAGGCAGCCCAAAAACAACUCCUCUUUGCCGUCUUCCUCCUGAUCUACUCCGUGACUCUGGUGGGCAACCUGGGCAUGAUAGACCUGAUCCGCACAAGUUCUCCACUCCACACACCCAUGUACUUCCUCUUGAGUGUGCUCUCCUUCCUUGACAUCUGCAACUCCUCUGUGUUUACCCCCAGGCUACUGAACAGCUUUCUCACCACUGACCAGUCCAUCUCCUUUACAGGCUGUGUGGUCCAGAUGGCCCUCAUGAUCCUCCAUGGCACUGGAGAGUGUUUGCUUUUGGCCAUCAUGGCCUAUGACCGAUUCGUGGCCAUCUGCCACCCUCUUCUCUACCACACUAUCAUGUCCAAGCGCUUGUGUGUCCAGUUGGUGGUGGUCACCUAUGCUGUAGGUAUGUUCAUUUCAUCUGUACAGACAGGAAAUGCCUUCAGCCUGCCUUUCUGUGGUCCCAACAUCAUCGAUCAUUACUUCUGUGACAUCCCCCCAGUGCUCCAAUUGGCCUGCUCAGAUACCACCACAGCCAAUAUCAUCUUGCUCUUCUUUUCUGCCUUGGUCACUGUUCCCACAGUCUCAGUCAUCUUGGUCUCUUAUGCCUACAUUCUGGUCACAAUCUGUAGGAUGAGGUCCCUGGAGGCCCAACGCAAAGCCUUCUCCACCUGUGCCUCUCACCUCACUGCCCUCUCCCUCUUCUACGGAUCCGUGUUCCUUGUAUAUGUCCAACCCAAUCCUGAGAGUGCUUCAGCCUAUAACAAGAUCCUCUCUGUCUUCUACACCAUUGUGAUCCCCAUGCUGAAUCCCCUUGUCUACAGCCUAAGGAAUAAAGAUGUCAAGGCUGCUGUAGAAGUUAGACUUCUUAACCUAAGCAGGAAAGGAAUUUGUCAGAAAGGUCUCUGGUAG